GAGGGGUCACCUGAGAGGACCAUCGCACGGCAAGCUUUUCAGCACAACACAAGAAUGUUCGAAGUGUCAUUUUAAAGAAGAUUAACACCUGUAGAGUGGAUUGAGAACAAAAACAAAAGUUUUCAAACAACAGUAAGAAGCAAAGGAAUUGGACCGACACAUGGGAGACUUGUGAGGGAGAAGAACUAAGCUGAAUGCAUGACCUGGAAGUUAAAAUUGAUACUGGUGGAGUUUUGCAUAUCUCAAAGACCCUUCACAGAGUCCAUAGACCAUGAAGCUUACUGGGGCUAUCUUUAAACUGGAGGCCAGUCAUGGCAGCACAGAGACUAAACUGUUAAACGACAUGAUGCUGGUACCUCUACGAUCAAAUAAAACAGUGUCAGCACCCUCCUCCUCACUGUCACGGAUUGAUGGAGCAAAGACUCAGUGCUCCAUAUGCGCAGACAGAGCCACUGGUAAACAUUACGGUGCACCCAGCUGUGAUGGCUGCAAGGGCUUCUUCAGGAGGAGCAUUCGCAAUAACCACACUUACAGCUGUAGGUUCGACAGGCAAUGCAUUGUGGACAAAGACAAAAGGAACCAAUGUCGUUACUGCCGACUACGAAAGUGUUUCAAGGCUGGAAUGAGAAAGGAAGCUGUUCAGAAUGAGAGAGACUGCAUCAACACUCAGAGAGCCAAGGAGCAGACAGUGGGCACUUUGUCCAUCAGUGUGCUGCUGCAGGCAGAGGCCAGUGUGCAGCAGUUCCCAGCACUUUUCAGGAGCCACGACAUCGCAGCCAAGAAGACAGCCGGCGUGGGAGAAGUGUUCGAGUCCAUGAAGCAGCAACUCCUCCUGCUGGUGGAAUGGGCUAAACACAUCCCAGAGUUUUGUAGCCUCCCAGUAGAUGACAGGGUAACCCUUCUACGAACCCACUCUGCAGAACAUCUUAUUUUAGGGGCAGCAAGACGCUCACUGCCUUACAAUAACGUCAUUCUUCUAGGCAAUGACUUUGUGAUCCCACUGAGAGGUGCAGAGGUAGAGAUAUCCAGAGUGGCAUUCAGAAUUCAAGAGGAGCUGGUCAAACCUCUCAGAGAGCUGGACAUCACAGACAAAGAGUUUGCCUGCCUCCGAACAAUUGUCUUCUUCGCCCCAGACUGUCUGGGACUGAAGUGCCCUCAGAUGGUUCGACAUCUGCGUUUCCAGGCUCAUCUUCUCUUAGAAGAAGCAAUAUGUGAGCAGCGGGGAAGGUUUGGGGAGCUCCUGCUGAUCCUGCCUCCCUUGCAGAGUGUGGCCUGGCAGAUGGUAGAGACACUUCACUUAGCACAGCUGCUUGGUGAGGCCAAAAUGGACAGCCUGCUGCAGGAGAUGUUGCUAGGGGAGGGAAGUGAAACAGGACAAGGACCGUGUACAGGAAAUGACCCUAUACAAGAACAGCAAACUAACCUCAAUGCUGCACCUGCGGGCUUCCCCUCUGUGAUCUGUCAGGUUUCAACAACUCCUACAGGUGGCUUCCUUGCUACCCGCACAGACUGGCACUGAGGUGUGCAGACAUGGAAACUCUGCCAGUGUGCAAACAACAUACCAGAGGCACCUGUCCACACCAAGAAACCCCUUAAAAAACAUGGAAAAGAUGGAUCUUACAAGUUUGAACCGGCAAACAUACUGAUACAUACACACUCAGCUACAUACAUGAUGCACAUACUGUAUGCAUAUAUGUAUCACUUCUGAGAAAAUAAUAUUUUGUUAUCUGAAAAGCUCAUUGCUAACACAUUACAGUGUGUCUGACUUAUACCUAGAGAGAUGCAAAAUCCAUCACCUGUCAGCAGAGGGCAUUAAAAGCCUGUGCUUGAACAUGUUUGUUGGUCCUGUGGGGCAAUUGUUUUAUCCAAAAUAAAAGCUUUCACUAAUGGUUUGCCAUGAAAAUAAUUAAUUAAGCUUGUAAUCCCAACUGUCAAGCUAGUUAUGCUUUUUUUUUUUAAUUGGACCUUUGGCUAAAGACAUUCAAAUAAGAACAAUUAACACAAUCAGCCAGAUACCUGUUGUAUUUCCUACAGGAACGCUUGUUGUUUCACUUAAAUGAGCAAUGAAGGUUCUUAUUAGAAAGGUGUGAUGUGAUAAGUUAGCAGCAUAGAAGCUUAGAGGUGCUGCAAUGACUCAGUAAGACUUGAUGGCAAAAGCUUAGUCUGCAACCCUUUUCCUCUCUUUGCUACUGUGAUUGUUUUGAUACAGUGAUCACCAAAUCCCGACAACAAUACAGGAAGAAAUCCAUCCGUCUCCCUACCAUGAAGCCAUGGGGAAUAAUAUUCACAGCAGUGGGUAUAAUCUAAGCACCAUACUGACUGUUAAUUCCUAGAAAAACAUGCCUUACUAAACACAAAAUAGAUGUUUUCUUUUAAAACUUCAUCAAGUCUGUGACAUCUGAGCCUGUUCCACAUUAGUGGAGGAAUCCCUGAUUUUGAAACAAGUAUAUAAAACAAUAUAUAACUUCAAUGUAAUUUGAGGUAAAGAACAGCUUUUUCUCUAAAAGACCCUGGACAUUUUCUUCAAGUUUAUAUCUCCUUGACAGCAAAUCCAGAACUGCAUUUAGCACAAAAAUAUUUCCUAACCACAUAUUUAAUGCAGAACCAAAAAGCAAAAGAAUAAAUACACUAAAAGGCCAGUGAAUAUACUAUUGAAAGAGGGGAAAAGACCCUUUUCUAACUCAAAUAAAUGAAUUUUCCUGGCCCUUUAUUUUAAUGGCACAGAACAGAAAAUUGAUGUUAUAAGUUACAAUGUGAAUAAUCAGUAAAGGAACAUUUUUUGUCCCAAAAGCAUGACCUGCUCUUUCUCUGUUGCCCUGACAUGAUCUGACUGUCCAGGGCUGCAGUUUGCUACUGUCCUCAAACUUUUCCUGGAGUAAAAUCAUAAUAGUAACAACCCCCCACCACCACCACCACCACAUGUAGUGAUUAGAAAAUAUGAAGUUUCAAGGAGAUUUAUCUGUGUUGACCUACAUUGACCAAUCAGCAGGAGUGGGAGGACUGAGAAGUUAUUUUAUCCUGUAUAGGAAGAAAUGUGGAAACAAAAAGACAAAUGGAAAAACGUGGAAAUGGGCUUUUUGUCUGAAAAUGUUCCACAAAAACUUUCUCUGUGACAGCACAACUCUUAAGUCAGACCGAGGUACUUUUGAAGAUAUACAGUGGCAGUGGGACUGCUUCACUGGAUAUUGUCUAAAUAAAUAAA